UAUUGUGAAGGCAUCCUCUGAGGGGUAAAUCACCGCCAGAUUGUGUUUGUUGCGAGAGGCUGCGUGGCGGGUUGAAAGGCUACCUGAGUGUUUGCAGAGACAGGUAACCCCUUCACAUUCAGCCCGAAGAGAGAGGACUGAGCGGGCACACCGGGGGCUGCAGCCGGGGCUCGGCAGGAAUGUAACGGUCUGUUUUUAGAGAAAAGUGAAGACUUGUCGGAGUUUAACGUUAACGGCUGAUGCCAGCCUGCAAACUUUACCGUGUGUGUGUGCGGGGUGGCCUCUGCAGCCACCAAGAGUAAGAACUGUUCUGAAACUCUUCUUCAGCAAAAGCAUUAUCACUGCAUUGUGAAAAGAACUGCACUACAUGUCCUGCGUUUAAAAUGCUGGUGCCAGUCCGGUGUGGGUGGUGACCACAGCAGUGAGGACACACUCUGAGGAACACGCCCCCCACCGCCACUCAGGACGGGUACAUUUCUACAGGGGAGGGAGGAAGGACCAGGGCGGAGAAGGUUUUGGUCCCAAGCGCUACCCGAGGUGUUGUACCACAGAUAGGUGAGGAGGAUCAGCCCCGCCCCUCACCAUGACUGACUUGGAGGCCGAUUGUUUGAGCCUCGGCCUGCCCCCUGAGUGCAGCUCCCCUCCCCCUUCCCUAGACGUCUCGGAGGUGGCCGAGCCUCUGGUGAUGCUACCGUGCGUGAAGAGUGAGCCGGAGGACGGAGACCUGGAGCCCAUCUGCACCGUGGACCUGUCAGAGAUCCAGCCGCUGUCCACCGCCGAGCUGGGCCACGAGCAGAUCAAGAUGGAGAUCAGCGGCCUCGACUACAUCAAGUCGGAGCACCACGGCCAUCACGUGGACCAGCACCUGGGCCACUUCACCCACAGCGAUGCCACGGAGCUGGACUACAAGUCCCACUACGAGCCCAGCUCCGUGUUUGACUACAUCUCCCAGGUGACGGACACGCUGGAGUACAUAAAGUCGGACCACCACGUGGACCUGCAGUGUUACUACACCACGGAGCUGAGCGGCCUGAAGUGUGAGUACCCCGACAACAUGUCCGGCCACCUGCCGCACAACGGCCUGGAGUCCAUCCACAUGGCCGAGCUGCGCACCGAGCUCAACAAGCUGCGGCCCGACGCGCUCCUCUUGGAAGGCAUGAAGCUCGAACCCGAGUUCGGAGGGGGGGCGUUGUACGAGCUGCAGCCGUCAGAGGUGGGGAAGUCAGCGGGGGAGGCGGCGGGGCAGGGAAGGUUGACCAAAACCCAGAACGCCACCUUGAGAAAAAAUCGCAACAUGCAGGGGGAGAAGCCCUUCUCCUGCACGCAGUGCGGGAAGAACUUCAGCACGUUGGGCAACCUGAAAACUCACCAGCGCAUCCACACCGGGGAGCGGCCUUACACCUGCUCGCAGUGCGGCAAGAGCUUCGGCCAGGCGGGGAACCUGAAGCGCCACCAGCUGAUCCACACGGGGCAGAAGCCCUACGUGUGCGCACACUGCCCCAAAGGCUUCACCAAGGCCGACGACCUGCGCUCGCACCAGCGGCUGCACACAGGCGAGCGGCCGUUCAUCUGCGUCACCUGCGGGAAGAGCUUCGGCCAGUCGAAGGAGCUGAAGGCACACCAGCUGAGCCACACAGGAGAGCGGCCGUACUGCUGCCAGCACUGCGGCAAGAGCUUCACCAAGGAGUCCAGCUACCGCAACCACGUGCAGAUCCACACGGGCGAGAAGCCCUACACCUGCUCGCAGUGCGGCAAGACUUUCAGCAACUCGGGCGUACUAAAAACCCACGAAAAGAUCCAUUCGGGCGAGCGGCCUUUCGGCUGCACGCAGUGCGGGAAGAGCUUUGGCCGCCUUGGACACCUGAAGGCUCACCAGCAGAUCCACACGGGGGAGCGGCCGUACGCCUGCCCCCACUGUGGGAAGACUUUCAGCCAGUCGGGCCACCUCAAAGCUCACGAGCAGAUCCACAAGCGGGAUCGUGCUGACACGGCCAACGGCGGCAGCAUCGGCGGCAGCAGCGGCAGCAGCAGCGGCAGCAGCAGUGGCAGCAGCAGUGGCAGUGGCGGGGGCAGCGACAGCAGCUAAACUCCACACCCUUUAACCUCUCGGAGAAACAAAGUAUUAUUCCUCUUUUUUUAUAAAUACUAUAUAUAAAGUUUUUUCCUUAUGAAUCUUUUCUUACAUUUUCAUACCUUUUGCAUUAUAUCUGUGGGCAGGGUGCUCUGACUGAUUUGCUCUUAUGCAAGUGUCUGCGUGUGUGUUCAUGUACUGUGUGUUUGUGUGUGGGUGGGGCGGGACUGUAGAUAAUCUUUAAACUGAAGUCCCACUACUUAUUCUGAUACAAGCACAAAUACUUCAGUGACCAAUCUUGAGUACUUAAUUUAGUUUUUUACUGAAAGAGACCAGCAGCUGAACCAGGACGCUGUUUACUCAUCCUCAAUACUAUCAUUAUUAGUAGUAGUAUUAUUAAUAUUAGUAUUAUAUUUCACCAGCGCUCAGGUGUUUCCUUACGCAGUACUUCACAGUGAGUACUUGUACAUGAUAAUGUGUAACAGAAUACAGAAAUGUUUUGUACUUUUAUAGCCUCAUUUAAAAUGUUUCUUAUCUGGAUUAAAUCCAGAGGAAUUUUACUUCACUACUGUUUGCACACAAACGAUGAUGGAGAGAGGUGAUGUUACAUUUAAAAAAAAAUAAUAACUCAUUAAAGUGGUACAUAUAUAUGAAAGAAUACUUUAUUACGAGAAAUAAAUCAACAGACUUAAGUGAAAAAACCUGAGAAAUUCUCUGAGAUUAAAGUGGUAGUUUUUUGUUUCAAAGACUCUCGUAAUUAAAGGAGAAAAAAUCACAAAAUUACAUUUACAUUGACUAUUCAAAUCUCAGAAAAUUACAAGUUUUUUAGCUCGUAAAUGUACGAAUGUUAUUCGCCAGCUGGUACAAAUGAACAUUUGCAGAUUUAAAAAAAAAAAUGAAAUGUUAAUUUACGUUAACCUAGAAAGGAAAAUAAAUGGGAACUACAUUUGUAUUUUUUAUUAAUCUUUAAAUAAUGAAGGCAAUUCAACUAACAGGGUAGUAAAACACAUCAAAUUAUCACAUUUUAUUUUUCUUUAUUUACAAAAUUAAAGUAGAUAGUUAUGAAAGUAAAUAGGGAACUAAACUCAAAUCAUAUUAAAUAAAAUAAAAGUAGGGAGCACGAUUUUUAUUGGACCCAAUAUCAAAGUCAACUUUAUUGUCAAUCUUUCAGUUUGUGUGUACAGACAGAGAGAUCGAAAUACCGUUUCCCAAAAUCCCGAAUGCAAUAUAAGGAUGUCUAUACUAUGAAUUAUAAUCCAAAUAAAGCAUUAUUACUAUAGGAAAUCAAAUAUAUUUAAUUCAAACCGAUAGAAGAAGCACGCGUACAGUGUGCAACAUCUUUUUGAUUUUAUUGUAUUUAAAAAAACGUGCUCAUUUGACUUUAUUUGAAUAUUUCAUCAAGUUAUCAACUUCUUUUUUUUAAAGUUACUAUUGGCUGAAAAACAUCCAUAGCGUGCAUCCCUACUAAAAUAAAUGAUGUAUUGAAAAUGAAACAUUCAACCAAAAUAUAAAAACCUUUUUUUGCAAGUUUUACACUUUUUUUAAAUGAAUUAUUAGUCGAGUUGGCAGCUUAGUGAAUCCGGAAAUGUUGAGUACUCAACGUUUUAUGUUAGAAAUAUAUAGUACGGGACCCACAGCCGGAUGCUAACUUGCAUAUGUUGUAAAAUGCAUUAUAACCUGUUGGCAAUAGUUAGCACAAUUUUGGAGUGGUUUUAAAUGUUAUUUAGGAUACCAAAUCCAUUUUCUGAUAUUUUCAGGAUCAGAAAUUGCAGUUGUAACCAGAAAGUGGCCAUAUUUGUACUCUCAGUGGGCUGAUUAUGAAUACCAUGAGUAGUGUUGCGGACAUUGGAUAUAGAGUACAAUAUGAACGUUAUUAUCUCUACUGUGGAACAUUCUUUUUCACAUAAAUAGCCAAUCUGUCCAAUCCGAAUGAUUCAGAGUCCCCUUAAUCUUAAAGAUCGACCCAUAAUUUAUAAAAAUCAGUCCACUGAGAGUUCAAGUAUUGGCAUUUUCUGGUUAAAACUGCCAUAUUGAUCCUGAAAAUGUCAGAAAUUGGCUCUGCAUCUUCAAGUAACCACAAAAACCAGUCUCAAAUUGGCAAAGCAAUUUUUAAACUAUUGUCCCAGGUUAUAAUGGUAAUUAACGCACUUAUGCCGAUUGUACAAAUUGCCCAACAUAUGAAAGUUAGCAUCUGACAGUUUCUAUGUGCUGGAGACCCAUGCUAUACAUUUCUAACAUAAAACUAUAUGAGCUGGCAAAUAGACUAUAUAAAUACUUUAACCACAAAAAACGAAAUAUUGGCUUUUUCUUUUUUGUUGCUUUUUCUAAUUUCCUCUGCUGGUUUUACCUCCGACAGCACCAGUGUCCAUGAUUACAAAGUCAACAUUUAAGAUGAUAAGUUAAGAUGCUUUCAGGAAAAAUCCCUGUAGAAACAUGCAGACUAUAAAUCAUUUUGUAUUUUUGUUAAGCAGGGUCCUGGUUCAGUUAAAGUACAUUUCAAUCUUUUGUCAAGUGUGUACAAGUACUUCCUGUUUGAGUACUUCCUGCCAGUUUACUCGUGUUUCCUUCCUGCGUUGGGAGUUUACUGUAUUGUUAAAAACCUGAUGAUAUAAUUUAGUUAUUUUUUAUUGACUAGUAUUGAUCAGGAGGCACCGCAGUGACGAUAAUCUGCUGAUACGACAUUCCUCUUAUUGGUUUUUGUAGCAGGAUUAAAAAUCAUUCCAGUUUUUAGCAUCGUCGGGCUCCACAAGGACCAAAAAAAACCUGACGGCAGCACAAAGAGCCCGACUCACCGAUCGCUCACUGUGGACACAUCUUUAUUACCGCAUUCCUAAUAAAAUGUAAGAAAAAGAAAGAAAGAGCGUCUUGUACUGGAAAAAGAUUAUUAAAGAAACUAAUGACAAGC